GGAGCCGCUAAAUUUCGCGAGGGUCACUGGGCAAUGUAGUUCUAUGGUGUUACAGCAACGGAGAGGUCAAUUUGACGCCAUCACAGCACCUCCCGAUUCUUAGCCCGUGUGCUGUCAGCCGGUUCCCAGUACAGCCUUCGGCAGCGGGUACGGGUUGUCACGUGCUCACGUUCCUCCUGUGACGUAUCUUGUUGCAAAAAUAAAAUCGGGUGAAGGAAGAAUUAGAGGAGCCAACGGGACGGCGACCGCCAUGUAGCGGUCGGUGACGGGGUCUGUACAGCAAUGAAGAAAUGGCAACCAAGUGAGAGAAGUGAUGCAGAGGGAAAAGGAGAAAAUGGAGCCUGAGCAAGGCAGAGUGGGGACAAGGAGCAUUGUAAUGAGUUAAACACUCCUGUUCUCUGGGGAAGAUGGGAACGCACAGGGAGAGGAUCCCGCUCUUACAGGAGACCUUUAGCCUGAUCUGUUCUGUCACGGCCCCACUACAAGACCCGAUCUUGUCUGCACCAACCAAAUCCCGACAGUUGGCAGCCUGCGACUACGAAGCGGCGGGGGCGGCACGAAGUACCGGAGUCUGGGAGACAUCGGCGUCGGUAAACUGCAGGAGGUACACACGUCCCGUGGAUCCAAGUUCCCAUUUGACGUAGACUUCAGCAGUUCGGAGGGUACGUCUGAGCUGCUCCCGUCACUGGACCACCUCUUGCACGGGGCAGCCUGAACUGUGGCUAACAGCACGGGAGGUUCAGAAUUGUUUGAUCCGAUGAUGUUGCUGGGGCUUUACUCUCCCUCUAACCUAUUUUAGUUUGAGUCUUCCUCAAGUCAGUCUCUGCAGUUCACUGGGACUGAGUGAAUCACUAUACAUGGUGAGUUUUCGAUCCUUUCAUCCUCAACUUGUCUGUGCUGUUCCUGCCCUGUGAUGUGAUGGUACUGUAUAGAGGGAGCUUCACUCUGCGUCUGACCAUGGGAGUGUGUGAUGGGACGAUGUGGAUGGAGCUUCACUGUGCACCUGAUCCCAGGAUUGUGUGUUGGGAUGAUGUGAAGGGAGCUGCCUCUGUGUCUGACCCCGGGAGUUUGUGAUGGGACAUUGUGGAGGGAGCGUCACUCUGUAUUUGACCCUGGGAUCGUGUGAUGGGAUGGUGCAGAGGGAAUGUCACUCUGUGUCUGACCCAGAGAGUAUAUGAUGGGACAAUAUAGAGGGACCUUCACUCUAUGUCUGACCCUAUGAGUGGUGAUGGGACAGGGUUGAGAGAAAUUCACUCUGUGUCUGGUGCCGGGAUUUAGUGAUGGGACAAUGUGAAGGGAGCUUCACUGUCUGUCUGACCCCAAAAGUAUGUAAUGGGACAAAAUAGAGGGAGUUUCACUGUGUAUCUGAUUCCGGGAGUGUGUGAUAGGACGGUGUAGAAGGACCUUCACUCUAUGUCUGACCCCGGGAGUGUGUGAGGCGACAGUGUGUCUGACCCAUGGUGUGAGAAUGCAUGAUGGGAUGAUGUAGAGUGAUAUUUGUUGACUCUUUGCUGUCUUAUUUGCAUUUGGUCUGGAGUUUGGUUUUGGGCUAAGAUUUGAAGAAUGGAUCUGUGACUGAUGUUAUGUCAAUAGCAGCAAUGUUAACCAAGCAGGGAAAGCUGUUAAAAGUCUUAAAGAAACAUUUUGUUAAACAAAAUAUUCUGCAGGGUUUUUUUAACAAAUGAAAAGGGAAGCGGUGUACAGGAAGUUACUUCAUUCAGACUGUGGUUGGAUUGAAAGUGGUGACAGUUCCGGGCGCACGUUGUGUCUCUCGGCUGUACACUUAGCAUCUUGCAGGAUCCCAGCUCAGCAGGCGGUGAAGACCAUGGACAGCUGGCUGCGACAGGCCAUUCUUGCGUUGGUUGUGUUGGAGAGCGUUGUCCAGACCCAGCCUGCAAGAGGCCCCUUGGCUCGGAUCUCACACCCUCCUGGUGAUCCCAGCCGACAGGUCCAAAGGUUCUCCAAGGCAGACUGCUACAACUACAGCUCCCUGCUGCUUAGUCAGGACGAGGAGGAGUUGUACGUGGGUGCCCGGGACAAUCUCUUCUCCAUCGACACCGAAACCUUUGGAAGCAUGGAGACGGUAAAAGAGCUUAACUGGACGGCGACAGAAAAGAAAAUGCAGGAAUGUUCCUUCAAAGGGAAGAGCAAGGAGAGCGAUUGUUUUAACUUCAUCCUCGUGGUGCUGCCUGUGAACGAGAGCUGCCUCUACAUCUGUGGGACCUAUGCUUUCAGCCCAACCUGCACCUAUGUGGACAUCCAGACCUUCUCACUGUUGACAGAUGCCACCGGAAGUCCUCUGACCGAAGAUGGCAAAGGUCGCAUCCCGUUCAACCCUUCGCUGAGAUACACAGUGUCCAUGGUUGAUGGAGAGUUAUACUCCGGAACAACUAACAACUUCCAAGGGACGCAGCACCACAUCUCCCGCAGCCUCGGUCACCAAGUUCCCCUGAAAACGGAACCAUCCUGCAACUGGCUACAAGAACCUUCAUUUGUGGGCUCCACCUUCAUCCCAGAGGCAGAAGGCGACAAGAUCUACUUCUUCUUCACAGAAUCGCGGACUUGCUCAGACCUGUUACAACGGAUGAAUGUGACGAUGGUAGCUCGGGUCUGCAAGAGUGAUGUUGGAGGAGAGAGGGUGUUGCAGAAACGAUGGACCACUUUCCUCAAAGCCCAGUUACUGUGUUACCUCCCUGAGGACCAGUUCCCACUCAACAUCCUCCAGGACGUGUUUGUGUCCAAGAGCAAGGAGGGGACAGUGAUCUACGGUGUCUUCAGCUCACAGUGGUUCUAUGGUGGGUCCAAAAGUUCUGCCAUAUGUGCCUUUGAUUUAGCAGAUAUUCAAGCCGUCUUCAAUGGAAAGUACAAGAUCCUAAACAGGGAACAGCAGAUCUGGUCAACGUACAGGGGCGAGGUGCUGGAGCCCAGGCCAGGCGCAUGUAACACGGCAAGCUCGUCAGAUUCCACCCUCAAUCUGCUGAAGGACGUCUUCCUGAUGGAUGGGGUAGUUCACCCCCUUGGACGCCAGCCGCAGCUGACCAGGGUACAGGAGCAGUAUGUGAAAAUCACAGUGGACAGCGUGAGAUCCAUCAGAGCUGUGAUGCACAGAGUGAUGUUCCUGGUUACAGACCAUGGCUUCUUGCACAAGGCUGUGAUCGUGAACAAUGUCUCUUACAUCAUUGAGGAGAUUCAGCUGUCCCCAGCACCAGGAGUGGUGCGCAGCCUUGUCCUGUCUCCAGCUAAGGGAGUUCUCUACAUCGGAUCUUCAACAGGUGUUCUGAGGGUGGCAGUGUCCAACUGCAGUGCCUAUCCUAGCUGUGGGGAGUGUGUGUUAUCCAGGGAUCCCUACUGUGCCUGGGACAACAGCAGCCUCGUCUGCAGGGAGACACGGAACAAAACACACAGGCAAGACUGGUUGCAGGACAUUGAGAAUGCAGACGCAGCCACUCUGUGUUCAUCCCAACCUGUGAAGGCCGAUUCAAGGACACAGAUACCCAUUGGAUUAGCAACAGGUGCAGACAGCAUGGUGGAGAAGGUGGUGUGUGCCGAUUCCUGGGUCCACUUGCCGUGUAAGGUGGGAUCGCGGCUGGCACAACUGAACUGGACUCAGAACGGGAGGGAUGUGCUAAUCUCUGGCCUGAAGCCCCAGCCCAGUGGCAUUUCCUUCGCUGCCUCCAGCAAUCACCAGGGGCUGUGGGAGUGCUGGGCUAUGGAGAAUGGGUUCCGCACCCUGGUGGCCAGUUAUUUGCUGCGGCUGGCUGGGGUGUCCCGGACUGGGAAUGAGAUCAAUGCCUCAUGGUCAGCCAGCGAAGGACAGGCGUCCCAAACACAUACCUACUUGGGUGAGCUGGUGGCGGUCAGCGUGCUCCUCGCCACCGUGGUCCUGCUGGUGUCUGGCCUUGCUCUGAAUCGCUACUGUAGUCAUCGGAGGGCAAAGAAGAGAGUGGGGCAUGGCGCUGAGUUGCGGUCGGAGGAUCUGGGUGUCAGUGAGGGCGAGCUGGAGUCAGCGCUCUUGAACAAGACUGCCGAGGGUGGCCCCACCUACCCAACACAGACAGGAGUGGUCAGCAGAGAGACCAAGUCACAACCGGCAGCCAGCUCGGAACCCCGGAACAGAACUCCUUCAUCCAACCCCCAGACACAAGUGGACAUUUAGGAUAGGGGGUAUGGGAGGGUUUCACUAACCGCUGACUUCAAAAUGGGGUGGGAGGUGGGGAGGGAGAAAGCACUUUGACGUUCCAGGGUUAACGUCAGGGCAAAGCCUCGGCCGCCCUCUCCACCCUGACUGGUCUUUCUGUCUUGGUGAGACUGCAUCCACUACUUUUACUGUAAGUGCAACUCUGUGGGCAGAACGCUUCCCCACUGCGGUGCCUUUGUCUCCCCAGCUAUCAGCCUUUCCCAGUCAGCAGGGGCGGUGUGUUAUGGUAAUUGGUUUAUAAUUGUCACCUGUACCGGGACACCGUGAAAAGUUUCUGUUUGUGUGCUGUCCAUGUAAAUCAUUCCAUACACAUGUACAAAACAAACAAUAUUAUUCUACCUUGCAGUGCAGGUAGACAGUGAAUUGCAAGGUCCACAACAAGGUAGUUUCGGAGACCUUUAUCAUAUCAUUCAAGAGUCUGAUUACAGCAGGACAGAAGCUUUCUUAAGACCAUAAGACAUAGGAGGAAAAUUAGUUGAUUUGGCCCAACACAUCAUGCCUUUUCAUCAUGGCUGUCUUGUUAUCCUCCUCAAUCCUAUGCUCCUGCCUUCUCUUCAUAACCUUGACACCCUUACUAAUCAAGUAUCUAUCAACCUCCCCUUUAAAUAUACACAAUGAAUUGGCCUCUACAGAUGUCUAUCGCAAUAAAAUCCACAGAUUCACUGCCUUCUGACUAAAAUUCUUCCUCAUCUCUGUUCUAAACAGAUGUCCUUCUAUUCUGAGGCUGUGCUCUCUUGUUCUGGACUUUCCCCUAUAGGAACAUCCUUUUUACAUCCAUUCUAUCUAGACCAUUCAAUAUUCAAUGGGUUUCAAUGAGGUGCCCCUCAUUCUUAUAAACUCCAGUGAGUACAGGCCCAGAACCAUCAAGCAUUUCUCAUAUGUUAACCCUUUUAUCCUCGUGAACCUCCACUGGACCAUCUCCAAUGCCAGCACAUUAUUUCUUAGAAGAGAAGCACAAAACUGCUCACAAUUAUCCAAGUAUAUCCCCAAGCCUCAAGGCACAUGUUCUCAGGCUUGUGUAUCUUCUGCAGGAUGGUUGGGGGGGGUGGUGGAGUAGAGAAGGUAGAAUCCAGGGUGGGAAAAAGUCCUUAAUUGUGUUGACUGGUGGGGAGGUAUUGACUCCAGAUAGGGCAAGGGGAGACAGUCAUCCUCAUCAAGUCAAAGUGAGUUCUGUAGAAUCUGACACCCCUUCCUCCCCCAAACUACACAAGGCGAAUGGGUGUGGGAACAGCUGGAGUCCUCACUGUACACUGAGGUACCAAUGUUGCAGACAGGAGUUGAUUUUGAUGGGAUGGUAUAGGUUAUUGGGAGAGCCAGCCACCGGGACCGAGCUCGGAGCCCAGAUUAUUGUGGGGAGGUGCGCAGGAUGGUGGGGUGACUGGGAGAGGAUCCUUGUCAACAUCACAGUCCAUGAACAUGAGGGUAAUGAGCAAGGGAAAGCAUCCAGAGAACACAGGUCACCAGUGUCCUUGGUCAAACAUCCUGCAGGACCCAGUUGCUAUUUUGUCAAAAUAAAUAGAGUGUAUAAUCAUUUCUAACAUCUUUCUGCAAAGAUAAAGCCAUGUCAAUGAUAUCUGUUAAACUGUCUUUGUCGAUCCAAUGCCCAACAUCUGUAUCAGUUAUCAUGUAAUGCUACAUACAGAAACAGGUCCUUUAGUCAAUCUAGUAUGUGCCAAACUGUUACUCUACCUAGUCCCAUUGACCCAACACCUGGACCAAAGUCCUGCAACCCCAUUUUCAUCCAUGUACUUCUCCAAACAUCUCUUAAAUGUUGCAGUCAAACCCACAUCCAACACUUCCUAUGGCAGUUUGUUUCAUACGAAACACCCUCUGAGGAAGAAUAUUUCAACUUUCACCCUCAACGUAUGACCUCUACUCAGUGGAAAAAGACUGCUUGCAUUUACCCUGUCUAUAUCACUCAUAAUUUUGUAUAUUUCUUUCAAAUCUCCCCUCAUUCUCCUGUGUUCUAGGGAAUAAAGUCCUAACUCCUGUAUUCAACAUCUGUAUCACAUCAAAUUCUGGCUGAUUAACACAGCUUGCAAUCUGUAUCAACAGUUCGUAUCUGUCGUUUAAUAAGUGGUGGGUAUCUACCAACAGCUUCUGCCUCAGCAUAUCGAUGAUCAGUGUCUGCACAGUUACUACAGAUUCUGGGACACUCAGCAAGACAGGCGGCAUCUCCAGAGAGAGAAACAGAGUCAAUAGCCAAUGGACAACAUCUGGCUAAUGGCCAACAUCUGCAUCAGUAGUCCCUAUCAGGUUAACAUUCGGCCUCUAGUCAUAUAACAUAGAACAGUACAGACAUUUUGGUCUAUAGUGUUGUGCCAAACUUUUAACCAACUCUAAAAUCAAUAUAACCUUCCACUCCUACAUAGCCCUCUAUUUGUCUGUCAUCCAUGUGCAUAACUAAGAGUCUUCAAUGUAGAAGUCUCUACUACCACUCUUGGUAACAUGUUCCAUGCACCUAUCACUCUGUGUAAAAACCUACCCUAUAUUCCUCCUAUACUUUCUUCCAACCAACUUGAAAUUAUGCCCCCUGGUACUAGCCAGUUCCACUUGGAGAAAAAGUCACUGACUGUCCACUCUAUCUAUGUCUCUUACGAUUUUAUACACCUCUAAAAAGUCAUGUCUCAUCCUCCUUUGCUCCAAAGAGAAAAGCCCCAAUUCAUCCUAUCCUCAUCAGACAUGCUCUCUGAUCCAGGCAGCAUCAUGGUAAAUCUCCUCUGCACCCUUUCUCAAGCUUUCAUGUCCUUCCCAUAAUGACAACAGGAACUGAACACAAUAUUCCAAAUGUAUUCUAACCAUACUUUCGUACUGCACGGAAUUCUGCUCUGGCUGUUGAAGGAUUUGGAUGUGAUCCUAACCCUGGUACAUCUGAGCAGAAUCCUUAGGUCACCCCUCCAACCUCCACCCCACUCUGCCUCCUCAAUGAUACCUGUAUUUUCUGGCUGUGACUCCUGAGUCCCACGGGGAUUAACUGUUGGGCUUCUGCUGCUGGCACCAUGUGUCUUCAUUCCAAGGUUACGGGCAAUACGGAAUUAAUGCACAGGGGUUGGGGGUGGAAUUGGGGGGUAUAGAGGAACUACAGAAGUGGGUGAAAACAUAGAAAGCAGUACCUAAUGUGGAAAAAUACGAGAUUUAGCUUUAUAUGUAAACAUACAGUGAAAUGUGUUAUUUGCAUCAAUGACCAUCACUGCCUGAGGAUGCGCUGAGGGCAGCCUGCAAGUGCACACAACUUAACCCGUACGUCUUUGGAAUGUAAAACUGGAGCACACAGAGACCCACAUGGUCACAAAAGAACAUACAAACUCAAUACAGACACUGGCAGAGUUGAACUGGCCCUGUAAUAAUUGCAGUACUGUGUCACCCCACUGGUGCCUAGAGCAGAAUGUUUCUAAACUGGUUAAGAGAUCGAAUGUUGUUGCCAUUCGGGGACCAAGGUGUUCCUGUACAAAAGUAAUGGUGAGAACUCAGGUACACUUGUCGUUGAAGGCCAUUAGGAAGGCAAGAAGAGUGAUAAUUCAGAAUCAGGUUUAGUAACACUGACAUGUGAUAUGGAAAUGGACAUCCACAAGGGUUCCAGCUAUGCCUGCCUUUUUGUCAGCUACAUAGACGGUUCCAACUCUACAUUGAUGAAUGCACUGGUGCUGCUUCCUGCACCCAUGUGGAGCUCGUCGACUUCAUCAACUUUGCCUCCAACUUCCACCCUGCCCUCAAAUCUACCUGGUUCAUUUCCAACACCUUCCACCUCUUUCUUAAUUUUUCUGUCUUUAUCUCUGGAAACAGUUUAUCUGCUGAUGUGUUUUAUAAACACACUGACUCUCACAGCUACCUAUACUACACCUCUCACCUUAUCUCCUUACCUGCCCAUCACCUCCCUCUGGAGCUCUUCCCCCUUCCCUUUCUUCCAUGGCCUUCUGUCCUAACAGAUUCCCCUUAUCUCUUCACAGCUCUUUACUCUCUCUGUAUUACUUAUUUUUAAAACCUAAAAUACUCCCGGUUUUACCUGUCCCUGUAUUUCUUUCUCCCUUACCACCACCUUCUUACUCUGACUUCCCAUCUUUUUUCUCCAGUUCUGAUGAAGGAACUCGGACCGAAACGUCGACUGUUUACUCUUUUCCAGUUAUGCUACCUGACCUGCCGAGUUUCUCCAGCUUUUUGUGUGUGUUGUCAUGAAAUUUGUUGUCUUUGCGGCAGCAGUACAAUGCAAUACAUAAUAAUA